AGCGCCGUCGACUUGCUUUCGACCAAGACUUGUUUCGCCAAAUUUACAAGACGCACUAAGGCGUAUAGUACUUAGGUCUCGCUGCAAUAUGUUAUCAGAGCAAUCCGCACUGCUCGAGGCUCCCUUAGUGUCGUUCCAAUCAAAAAACACCUAUCUUUCAUACUUCAAAGUCCCACCAAAAUUCUGUCAGUGUCGACUAACCUCUCUCAAGGCCGUAUAUUAGUAGACGGAUAUGUUGUCCUGCAACUUCUCGAAGCCCAUCUCGAUGCGAAGAAGAACAUCGAAUCUGCUCACAUGUCCACAUCCCUCGUGCUGAAUCGCGUUUUCAAUGCUCCGUUUUAGUCGGCUCCUCUCUCGUAUUCGCUUUUCCUGCUAUCCGUUCCUUGUGUCUCAAGAAGGAGCUUGCGGGAAUAUCGAUAUUAAUGGCCUUCCUCCACGCGUUACGUGCCGGACUGAAUACUGAUGACAAGUUUUACCAUUCUCUAGGGUGUAUUUGCGCGAUACGCCGGAACGUUGAAGCUUCGCACUGAUGAUGCAGAGGAGUAUAAGCAGUGAUCGUUUCGUCCGAGCAUGCGUCAGCCGCCUUAGGUCCCGCCCUCAGUUCUUUCGCCUUAGAGUGCCUCGCACUUUGGGUCAACUAUGUUCGGCUUGGUCGUGAAGUUAAUAGCUUUCUGUUCUUUCGUUUCUUUGGCUUUCUCCUCUCCCGUCGACUCGUCAUCCAUCCCCCAAUUGCAAGAGUUCACGUCCCAGAUUCAGCAAGAUGUCAAGCUACGCUUUGUGGAGAACUCGGGAGUCUGCGAGACUACUCCAGGAGUAAACCAGAUGUCUGGAUAUAUUGAUAUCGGUACCAAUCAGUCUAUGUGGUUUUGGUUCUUCGAGGCUAGAAAUAAUCCAGAGACUGCUCCAUUUACACUCUGGCUGAAUGGAGGUCCCGGAUGUUCUUCAAUGAUCGGUUUAUUCGAGGAAAACGGGCCAUGUCUUGUGAAUUCGGACGCGAAUUCCACCAGAAUAAAUCCCUUCAGCUGGAACAAUAUUAGCAACGGUGUGUUUUCUUUCUCUUCUUUCUCCGAGUUCGUGACCGCCAGACUGCUCGGGGUAACAUUUGUCUUAUCAGUGAUCUAUAUCGACCAGCCCAUCGGCACUGGUUUCUCUUUCGGCACUAUCACUGUAAACAGCACUGUUACUGCAGCUCCUCCCAUUUGGCAAGCUUUCCAGAUCUUAUUUGAGAGCCCACAGUUCCACAAGUUCGAAAGCAGGGAGUUCCUAUUUGCUACAGAGAGUUAUGGCGGCCAUUAUGGCCCUGAGUUCGUCACCUACUUCGACCAACAGAAUGCGCUCAUCGACGCCGGGGAACUCAAGGGCGAGAAAGUGGUCGUCAGCGCUCUCUUGAUCAACAACGGGUGGUUUGACCCUCUGUUACAGAAUCAAGCCUAUGUCGACUUCGCGACUAAUGCUCCGGGCUAUGGCCAACUCCAAAGCGAUAGUGUCAUCGCGUCGCUGAACGACGCGUUUUUCAAAGAGGGCGGCUGUCGUGAUCAAGAACUGGCUUGUUAUGCUGCAGGCAAUGGGACAGACAGUAACAGAAUUUGUAGCACAGCCGAUAACUUCUGCGUCGAGGAUGUCUUUAUACCGGCUGUUGGGGAUCGUGACGAUGAAGACCUCCGACAGAAUGCUUCGUCGCCCAACAUCUUCCCCCCUGGUUUCUAUGUUCAGUACCUUCGUCGGCCGGAAAUACAGGCUAAGAUCGGCGCUCAGGUUCGGUAUUCGGAGUGUCCGAACGCUCCUUUCAUCCCAUUCUCGCGGACCGGCGAUGACGCUAGGACGUUAUUGCCUGCACUUUCGGCAUUGGCUAACUCGAGACUGAAGAUGUUGAUCUGGGCUGGUGAUGCAGAUAUCAACUGCAACUGGCUAGGUGGACAUGCUUCAGUCCUUGCCAUGGACUGGUAUGGUAAUCAGACUUUGCAUGAUACCCCUUUUACAAACAUGACUAUCCAUGGAAAUGCUGUUGCUGCUAUUCAGAAUGUGGACAACUUUUCAUUUGCGAGAGUAUUUCAAGCUGGCCAUAUGGUGCCUUCUUUCCAACCUGAAGCUGCAUUUGAAAUAUUCUCUCAGAUUUUGAGAAAUGAACAACUUCAUUCUGUACCCUAAAUGGCUUGCACUCCUACAGAUAGUUGGAUUAAUAUCUUUGGCUUGCAUAGCUUUUUUACUAGGCACUAUAUGACCAACUUAUGUUGAUCAGCUAUCUGAAUAUAACUCUGUGAAACCCCAACUUCCAUGACUGCAAUUGGUGCAUUAGCAGUUUCCUUCACACUCUGCUGCUUCAGGACACCAAGCAAGUGUAAUUUUGGCAGCUUUUUAUCCAAGUCCUGUACCACCUUGUAUGCUCCAAUAUCAUGAUCUCUAAUAUUCAUAGUCUGUAAACCUUGAAAAACUUUAGAGGAUAGAACUUCAUCCAGUUUGGCCCAUGAAAUGUUCUGUUCAUCAUCAUUUGAAUAUAUCUCAAUAUUCAGC